AAAGGUUAGUAAUGGGCUUAGGAAUCUUCAAAAACCAAUAUUUCUAAAAUUAAAACAUAGAUUACCUGGUAUUUGUUAUUGGUGGGAGGUGAUGCGUAUCGUGUGAAAUUAGUUGAGGUGUGCGCAAGAUGGCCUUGACACUAUGGUUAUCAAGAAAUAAACUAAAAAAUGUAGAUUAUCACAAAGUUGCAUGGCAUUUUUGUGCUGGUGAGACCUAGUAGGAACUCAUGACAAUUGAGGUGUGCGCAAGCUGACUCGGUUCAUUGAAAAAAGACACCUAGAGGUUCUUAUUGUUUGCUUUACUAGUAAAUAGGAGCAUUGAUUUUUCAAUAUGACCUUUUGAAGCUUGAUAGUGUUACAAGCAUCAGCCUAGGAGAUGUUAAAAAAUUUACUUUUUGAAGUUUUAGACUGUUUUUCCUUGAGCCAGGGGUCUAUCGGAAACAUAUUUUCUAUCUUUGAGGUAGAGGUAAGGUCUACGUGCACUCUACCCUCCGCAGACUCUACUUUGUCGGACUACACUGGGUAUGUUGUUGUAUACUGUUUUCCAUUUUAUCUCUUAAACCGGAUAUGUGAUCUCUUCUUCUUCUUUUUUUCCUUUAGUCAGAAUGAUGUUUCUUGAUGAGAUGGAUUUAUCUCUUUGGGAUCCACCUGAAAAUCAAGUCUACACAGAUGAAAGCAGCUAUGCAAGAUGGGAGUAUAACUUGUAUUUCGAUCCGAGGCUUGACGUGAUCGAGGCAGAUGCUUUAAACAAGAAAUCAUGUCUGCAAGUGAUGAAGAUACAGGAAAACAAAGCUGAUUCAGAAAUUCGAGAAGUUGAAGCUGAUGAACUUAUGCUCCAGAGACAAGUUGCCCGUGAAGAUAAUAUGGGUCUUGCUGCAUCGAAUAAGGAGAUUGUUAACCUGGAGAGCACGCUAAUGCCUUUACAAAAUGAGAAUCAGCUGCUUGCAGGAACAACUCUAGAGGAGAGACAUGCUGCAGAACAAGCAACCAAAGAACAUAGCAGCAAAUCAACAGAAAAUGAAGUGUUGUCUGUUCAGAAUUAUGAUCCAUCUGGAAUGAAGGGAAAAGAAGUGGUGCUUGCAGGAACAACUCUAGAGGAGAUACAUGCUGCAGAACAAGCAACCAAAGAACAUAGCAGCAAAUCAACAGAAAAUGAAGUGUUGGCUGUUCAGAAUUAUGAUCCAUCUGGAAUGAAGGGAAAAGAAGUGUUGCUUGCAGGAACAACUCUAGAGGAGAUACAUGCUGCAGAACAAGCAACCAAAGAACAUAGCAGCAAAUCAACAGAAAAUGAAGUGUUGGCUGUUCAGAAUUAUGAUCCAUCUGGAAUGAAGGGAAAAGAAGUGGUGCUUGCAGGAACAACUCUAGAGGAGAUACAUGCUGCAGAACAAGCAACCAAAGAACAUAGCAGCAAAUCAACAGAAAAUGAUGUGAUGCUUGUUCAGAAUUAUGAUCCAUCUGGAACGAAGGGAAAAGAAGUGGUGCUUGCAGGAACAACUCUAGAGGAGAUACACGCUGCAGAACAAGCAACCAAAGAAUAUAGCAACAAAUCAACAGAAAAUGAAGUGACGGUUGUUCAGUAUUAUGAUCCAUCUGGAAUGAAGGGAAAAGAAGUGUUGCUUGCAGGAACAACUCUAGAGGAGAUACAUGCUGCAGUACAAGCAACCAAAGAACAUAGCAGCAAAUCAACAGAAAAUGAAGUGACGCCUGUUCAGAAUUAUGAUCCAUCUGGAAUGAAGGGAAAAGAAGUGGUGCAUGCUGGAAUUGUUCGUACUAUAGGAGGCACACAACCAGGUCUAUUGAAUCCUAUGAUUGGUGAAAGAAGCGAUCCACAAAGAAAGUUAAUGGGUGGAGGUGAAUACAACGGUGACAACGCCAUCAGGGGAACUCAACAACAACUGGCUGGAGCCAAAAGAAGUGGUGAUUUUGCAGGCAUUAGUUCAACUUCUCAGCUCCACUUUAGAAGGAGGAGCGAAACAAGUUUAUUCGCACCACUUUUCCAAGAGAAUAACAAUCUGAGGAAUGCUCAAAAUAUGUUGGUAAGAUCAUAUGACAGAACAAGUCAAGUGCCUUGGAAUGUUCAUAAUGUUGAAGUUGUUUUUCCCAUGGCAUCUCUUACCCCAUCUUCUCGUAUGGCAUGUAUCGAUAACAUGUCACUGGUUCAACUCAAGGCCUUGGCAAGUCAACUCAAUAUAGUUGGGGUGUCCAAAACUCGAAAGGCUGACCUGCAACAACUGCUUCGCACUAAGCUGCAAGCUCAAGAUUGGCCAUGACAACAAUCUCUCUGUUCUUUUAAUUUUCAGUCUUAUAUGAAGUAAAGAUAGGAUGGUAUCCGAAUUCUUUUGUGAAGGAUAAAAGGAAUUAUAGAGCACAAUGUGCUAAAGAUAAAACAUAAAGUAUCAACUGAGCUGCAACAACUUCUUCUCUAUAUAACUGCUAAAAGAUUGGUCAUGAUA